GAGAGAGAGAGAGAGAGACAGAGAGAGAGAGACAGAGAGAGAGAGAGACAGAGAGAGACAGAGAGAGAGAGAGAGAAGCCGCAGCUGUUUCUCACACACACACACACACACACACACGUCUGAUCCUGAACAUCGACACGCUCCCGCUGGAUAUUUCUCACGAUUGUUCUGGAUCCUGAUGACCUCUGACCGUCUCUGAUGGACUCAGGCGCUCCUCCGAACCUCCCCGAUGACCGGAUUCACCCAGGCCCUGCCGGCCCCCAGGAGGCUCGGGAAACCUCCGGACAGACGUUACCCAGCAUCCCCGCCUACGACUCGGUCAGCAUCCUCACCGCCGGGCCUCUGAACGACACCGACAGCAUCCAGACGUCCCAUCACGCGUACGACACGGACAGCAAUCGCACCCUGAACCCGGCGUUCGACACGGACAGCACCCACACCCUCCACCCGGCCUACCCCGGCCCCGCUGGAGGAGACGGCCCCGCCGCCGGCGUCCCGGCCAACCCUCCUCCGUACAGCCCUCCGGACCCCAAAACCUCUUACCUCAUGUACCCGCAGUACCCCAACCAGCCCGUGAUCGCCUGCCAGCCCGGAGCCAACCCUGCUUUCUACCAGCCCUCCUUCCUCCCACCGAACACCUACCCAUCCUACACUAUAUACAUGAACGGGCCGCCGCUGGGAGAAGAGCAGCCGCCGUUACCUAAAGAUUACCUGGUGGAGUCUCUGCUGGUGACCAUCUUCUGCUGCCUGAUGAGCGGCCUCGUCGCCGUCAUGUACUCGUAUGAAACCCGCGCGGCGCUGACCAGGGGUGACAUCCGCGAGGCGGAGAAAACGUCCCAGAAGGCUCGUCUGCUCGUCAUGUUCAGCCUGAUGUUCGGAGUAUUUGUGUUCGUGGGCUGGAUUGUUUAUGUGGUGAUAGCGCUCUGCGCCUAGAAAAGCUAACCAAGGCUGCACCGAUUGGGUCAAAAGUCACAAACAUUAUUAGAAAUUCAAAACAGCCGCUUCUAUUUUAACAUACUGCAACACGUAAUUUAUUCCUGUGAAGCAAAGCUGAAUUUUCAGCAUCUUAAUGCAGUAUUUUAUGAUGCUUUUGAUGAAAAGAAAGGUCGAAAAGAACAGCAUUUAGUUGAAACGGAAAUCUUUUUAACAUUAGAAAUGUCUUUAUUGUCGCUUUAGAUCGACGCAUUGCACGCAUAUUAAUUUCGGUCCAAAAAAUGUAUAAAUAAAUUGACGUACUCCCCCCAAACCUUUAAACUUCAUUGCACUUGAGAUGUUGUUCUUAGCUAUUAUAAAAAAAAUUUGGUAAAUGCUAGUAAUUCACGAACAUACUUCCAAUCAUUUGACAUUGUUUUCUGUACAAUAUGCUGCAAAGAAUAGAAAAGACAGCAGCAAAAGUGAAAAGUGUAAGAUUUCAUUGUAAACGUGUUCACCCCUGAUUUUAUUGCCUCGUGUUUUACGAUAUGAACUUCCAGAAGAUAACGAUCCAUACGAGCUUGUAUUUGCAUUUAAUUACGCUCAUUCGUUCCUGGAAUAGGACACCAACAGCCUUUUCCAGUCACUGAUAAUAAACCCUGUAUUUUUUGUUGACUUAGUUGCGUAAAAACUGCCAUUAUCUACGACCGCUGACGAACUGAACUAGAUGUACGGUCUCUGAAUGUUUAAAAAGCACUACUGCGUGAAACCGAAUGUAUUCAUGUUGCACUGAAUAAAAAAAAAAAGGCAUUAUUUAUGUGUUUAAAUAAUCAGUAGACAAUGACAGCAAUAUAUAGCAAUAAAAUGGCUUUAUUACAUUACUAAGCUUGAUUCUCUCCACAUGGCUCGGAGAGUCUGUCGCCAUUAAAUACAAUACAGAGCAAAAGUGAGCCGGAAAAACAGGAAGUGACCAACAGAGGGCGGCAUGAACAAGAGCUUCCUCCCGGAAGAAAUUCAAUUGGCACGUUGGCUUAAAUCGGUUAAUUUCGUCUUAAAUUCAUUUUGGCCAUUGCACAUACAUAAUGCAUUAAAAGAAUAAAAUCAUCAGGAGAAAAAUAACAUUAAAUACUGCACACUGACUUAAAAAAAAUUAAUUAAAAAAAAUCUAAAUAUUGUUUAGCUGCACUUUGACGCUAAUAAAAUAAAGACGAAGCAAGCUAUGAUGCUAAAAAUUAAAUAUAUAAUAAUAAUAAUAAUAAUAAAUAUAUUAAUAGGUGUCAUAACACAGGUUGUGCAGUGCAGUUCAUUAUGGCAUAAAUAAAGUUUGGUUUACAUCAACACACCGAGCAACUUAGAGUUUCAGAAAUUAUGUACCAUAUAAAUAAAUACAAUUUUAUUAGUGUUAUUAUUAUUAUUAUUAUUAUAAUAAAGUACGUCAGCCAGAGUAGUUGGAGAGGUGAUGAAACUCAUGCAUGAGUCGGACACAAAACAGAGCAAAACACAUUUAAAUCAGUAGAUGAGACCAAAGAAGUAGUUCAGGCAAAAACGAACGUUUGCCAAAAAAAUGAGACAAAAUUAGUUCGUUUCUUGACCAGAUUUGGAGAAAUGUAGCGAAUGGGUGCCGUCAGAAUGAGAGUCCAAACAGCUGAUAAAAACAUCUCAAUAAUCCACAGCGCUCAACAUCUUUGAGACGACAAAAGCGGCAUCUUCAUUCAUUUUUGCUUAAUUUCACACGGAUGGACUUUCAUGCAAGAGACUUACUUUGUCACUGGAGGAAGUGUUAUUAUUAUCGACUACAUUGCCUCACAUUUUGACAAGAAAGCAGCGAUUUAAAGUAAAAAAUGUCAUCAAAUAUUAGUUUCUUACGAACACGAGGCUUUGGUAAUGUUUUUAAUCAGCUGUUUGGACUCUCAUCCUGACGGCACCCAUUCGCUGCAGAGCAUCCGUGCUAUAUUUCUCCAAAUAAGACGAAGACGCAAACAUAUCCUGGAUGCCCUGAGAGCGAAGAAAUUACCUGCAAACUUUCAUUUUUGGGUGAAGUAUUCCUUUAAACGGCCUUAAGAUGGAGACGCUUCAUAUGGUUUUGCCUAAUUAACUUAAGCGGCACUUGAAGCAGAACAACUGUACAUUUUCUGAGCGCGAGCGGGUAUUAUUGCAGUUCCUCAUGCAAGAAAAGCCGGUUUUAUGGAGACUUUAAGGCUGGUAUUCUGAUCUCUAUCGCGCGCUCACUCCACAGAAUACUUCUAACAGUGCUGCUACUGUAGGCAUUAUUAGCUGCAGCUCGUUACAUUACAUCCGUCUGCAUGAGAUGCGGUUAAGGCCGUGUUUAAUACAGGAGGUUUGCUGGAAAACAAAGUUGCCAAACAGUGCAAAUAUGUCAGUGCUUAGACGGCGCGGACGACCUUUGACCAUUUAACAUGGAGCUUAUACCCGUCUUCAGCUUUUUGGACAGGCUGAAUCAAGACUUAGAUGUAUGCUGAAGGCAGAAAGUCAGACUUUUUAAGUGAAGAAAACAGGCACAUACAUACAUGCUCGCAACGAGUGGACGUUUCAGGCAUUUGUGAAUGAAUUAUUGUUUCUGAGAUUUGUUUUGCAUUGGUGAGCGUGCGCGUGAUUUAACGAUUUAAAGAAAAGUGUGACGUUUAUGAAUUAUAAUCCUGACAAGUCACAUUACUUAUUCAUUUAUAAGGGGUUAGUGUUUAGUAUUAAAAUUGAUGGAUUUUAAUAUUACCAAGAGAUAUUGCUUCUCCAAAAUAACUUAAAAUGGCAUGUUAAAUAUUAAAAUCAAACAGAAAGUCAUUCAUUAUCCCACUGACAUGCAUGUAAACACAGAGUUUGAUUCUCGGUAAAAAGAUGCACAUGGGUCCAUAAUUCUGUUUGAUCAUUGCUGGGUGUUAAAGCUUGAAACUGUGUGUGUGUGUGUGUCUGUGUGUGUGUGUGUGUGUCUGUCUGUGUGUGUGUGUUUGUGUCUGUCUGUCUGUCUGUGUGUGUCUGUGUGUGUCUGUCUGUGUGUGUGUGUGUGUGU